UGGAGACCGGAGGAUAAAAAUCAAAGCGGAGAGGAACGGAGGAGACUUGAUAUUAAACGCGUUGUGAAAAACAAGGGAGUGUGAUGGUAUAAGAAGAAAUCAUGCCGCUAGUUAAAAGAAACAUUGAGCCAAGGCACUUGUGCCGGGGAACCUUGCCGGAAGGGAUCACCAGUGAGCUUGAGUGUGUCACCAAUAAUACGCUGUCAGCCAUCAUCCGGCAGCUUAGCAGCCUGAGCAAACAUGCAGAAGAUAUUUUUGGAGAAUUGUUCAAUGAGGCCAAUAAUUUCUAUUUAAGAGCCAAUUCACUGCAGGACAGAAUCGAUCGACUUGCUGUAAAAGUCACACAGCUCGAUUCGACAGUUGAGGAAGUUUCCCUUCAGGACAUCAACAUGAGAAAGGCUUUCAAGAGCUCAACAAUCCAAGACCAGCAGGUUGUUUCAAAGAACAGUAUUCCAAAUCCAGUAAUUGAGAUGUACAACCAGAGUGACAAACCACCUCCACUCAAUAUUCUCUCUCCAUACAGGGAUGACAAGAAGGAUGGACUUAAAUUUUAUACUGAUCCAUCAUAUUUCUUUGACUUGUGGAAAGAGAAAAUGCUUCAAGAUACAGAGGAUAAAAGGAAGGAGAAGAGAAGACAAAAGGAGCUAAAGCGGGUAGAUGGCACAACUCGUGAGGUGAAAAAAGUCAGAAAGGCCAGGAACAGAAGACAGGAAUGGAACAUGAUGGCAUAUGACAAAGAGCUCAGGCCUGAUAACAGGUUGUCUCAAAAUAUUUACCACGGCGCUUCUUCAGAGGGAUCCCUUUCCCCAGAUAAUAGGUCCCAUGGCUCAGACCUGACUGAUUACUCCUAUCCAGCAACUCCCAACCACCGUCAGCACCAACAGGGGACAGUGGCCACCCCAUACAUAAUAGGGGAUAACCAGCAGCACAUGAUGAAUGUCAACCAGAUCCUGGAACAUGACUAUCGUCCCAUGGCUGUGGGAUAUCGACAGGGGACCCUUAACCGUCCUCAGCAGCCACCACCGCCUCCACCACCGAGCACUAAUGGGGCCCUCAAUGGCACUGUUCCACCUCCUCCAGCUGAGUAUAGUCUGUCCCCAGCUCAGAUGAUGGAGUAUUACAGCUCUGGAGGUCCCCCACCGCCUCCUCCUGUUCCAGUGAUUCCUUCAGCUCAGACAGCAUUCGUUAGCCCCAUGCAAGUGCCUAACACACCUAAUGCUCAUUCUGGACCAAUGACAGCUGCUGGGUAUGGUGUGCCCCCACCUCCUCCACCUGGGCCCAUAGUAACAGCACCACCACCUCCAGGACCUCCGCCCCCUCCUCCACCUGGCCCACCUCAGCCUAGUCUGCCUCACACAGCAUCACCCUUGCAUGGCUCUUUAGGGCUAGAAGCCAAAAGAAAUGAGGUUCUUCCGCAUCCUGUCAGUGAUGCCAGGAGUGACCUUCUGUCUGCCAUACGUAUGGGUAUCCAGCUGAAAAAAGUCCAGGAGCAGCGAGAGCAGGAGGCUAAAAGAGAGCCAGUGGGCAAUGAUGUGGCCACAAUUCUGUCCAGACGCAUAGCUGUGGAGUACAGUGAUUCAGAUGACGAUUCUGAAUUUGAUGACAACGAGUGGUCGGAUUAAGACAUAGAAGGCUGCCACUAUUAGACAGGGAGAUACACAAUUUUGCGUUAAGAGUUUCAAACCCUCACAAAGAUCCUAUACUGCUGCCCAGUAAAGAUAUAGUAUUGAAAUCCUUUAUUUUAAAUUUCAGCGUAUGUUUAAUUUAAUCUGGGUUAUUUGCUGAGCUAAUUGACUAUAAUUUAUGUAACAUAAACAAAUGAACAGAAAAGUUUUUUAAAGAGUUUCUAUUAGAGUAUGGAAAAUAGAGCAGUAUAGCAAAGUUAGCUUUUUUUAAAAUUUUAGUAACUUGAGCACAAAAUAUUAAAAUUAACCAUCAGAGGGAAAUUUUUAGCUUUGAAAUAUUUAAGCGUUUUCUAGGCAAUUAUAUUUUUGUUUAGACACACAGUAUUUGGCAUGAAAAACUUUAUACACAGAAUGGCAAACACCACUGUCCACUUCAAGGCAUACGCCAAGAUACAGUGAAGCUUACAAGUGGCCAGUGGCAUCAAAGAGCAGGCCAGCGUAGUAUUUGGUGAAUAGCCAAUACAGAGAUCUUUUGUAAGAAUGUUUAUUCACCACUCAUGUUAAAGCCAACUGAAAUGAAGAAAACAAUGAAGCACCUUUAUCAUGGUCUUGAAAUACAAUGCACUGUUAGACUAAAACUGUUUUAAUCGCACAAGAUUUGUUUCAAGGUUAUUUUCUCUACUUUGGAAUGCUGUUGGUCAUCCGUAGCCCUCAUAUUUGUCCAGCUUAUCAUCAUGAAAUGCACAGUGAUGCACAGACUCUCCAUUUUCUGUUUCUUGAGCUUUUUGCUUUUGUUGCUUUGCUCUUGAGUAACUUAUUAAGCCGUUAUCCUAAAUACAGUAUUAUGACUAAAUGAUUGCCUUUUUUAUGCACCGUUAAACAUGCUCUCACUUUUUGUAAAUGCCUCUGCAGUAACUCAAGGCCCAUUGUGCCCAAAUUGCUGAGUUAUGUAAGCCAUUUGCUCAGAACUGGAUGUCAUUCAGCGACUGAGUCUGUUUCUGUGAGCUUUGCCGAGUGUUUCUUGUUUAUCAGACUUUGCUUUACCCGUUGAUGAUGUCUCUGCAUGCCUCCAGUGGUCUGCCCCAAGUUUUUAAAUCUACCUUUAAACAAUGUUUUUAGCAGCUCAUAUAACCUGGCACCAGGUCUAGUCAGUUACCCUUUACUAAGCCUGAAUGCCCAGCUGAAGAGAAAGUCAGUGCACUCGGGAGGGUGAACACCAGCAUGGGAGUGGGUCUCGCUUUUGGUCUAAAUAUUAAACUCUCCUUCUCUCUAUUCUUUUCUGUGUAUGAAUCUGUCCUGUUACACAAAAAUGUUGGGUGCAUGGUUAUUGAUUUUUAUCACCGUUUUGAAGAAUGUUCAUUAUAACUUUAUUCUGCAAAAUUAACUACAUUUGUUUUUACAUUCAGCCAUAUCCCAAUUCCUGCUUUUCCAGUUACAAUUCAUGCAUUUCUUGGAUCGUCUUCCUGUUUUCGGUAUCGUUAGAUGUGCCAUUUUAUUCACGUUAUUGUUUCACAGAUUUCCUGUCUCCACUUUUACUGUGAUUUUGGGCAUCUUUAAUUGUCAUGUCUUGCUCUUUCAAGACGGUCCAAGGCCUUUUUAAGCCCUUCCUCCAGCGCCCUCAAGCACCUCUUUCUUACUGAAGUUUUUCGCCCAGUCGUUUUUUCUUCUCUGCGACCCAGGGAUUGGAUAAGGUUAACAUCCUUCUUGCAUGUUGUAAAAGGCAACUAAAGGAGGUUAGAGUAUCCAGCCUUAAAUAUUUCUGCUGCAUUACACCGUGGGCACCCCGUUUAAUUCUUUCUUUUGACACUUAUUAUAUAGAAAAUAACUAACACAGCAUACUGUAAAACAUAGAAAAGACUGAAUGGAAGCUGUAAACAUAAAAUAGUCUUUUUAUAGGUUGCACUAGUAAUGUUGCAAAUGGCUGAAAUGCUAUAAACUCUCAUUCUUUCAUGUAUACACAGGCUGCAUACUCGAUGUAGAUGGGAUAGACCUUAGUAAUGAUUGUGUGACAUGAGCUUUAGCAUAUGCUUUUUAAACCAGUUAUUGCUUGAUUAAUGUUACGUUGUAUUAAUUAUGUUAUUUGCAUCAGUGGAAUGACAUGGUAUAGCUGGUUGUAAAGCAUUAAUUGAAAGCCCCAGGUUACGUUAAAUUCAUAAGGCUUGGCAGUAAUAUAUAUAAUGUGACUACAUUCCUGCCUGUUAGAUUUGAAGCCAUAAAAUUCAGAAUAUAAAUAUAUGCUGACUGUCUCUCAUUGAAGCCAUCAUUAAAACAGUCACCCACAGAGAAUAUUUUGUGCUUAUUCAAUAAUCCUUGUACACAUAAAUAACACAGACUACUUUAUUUAAAAGAUCAUACAUGACACAAACCCCAGGGCCUUACUUCUGUUAAAGACAGCCAACAGCCUUUUGUUUAACGCCGAGUUCCUACACAUGGUGGUAAUGCUCACGCUUACUGAAGAAACAAAAAGAAAAAUGGUCAGUUUGAGCAAACACAAAAUACUUAAAAUGUGUAAUAAAUGAACAUUGGUUGUUGUAUCAUUAAUGUGCUGUUAAGUCAGAAGUUAUCUUGAUCCAUCCAGGUUGAGGAUUGUGGACUCUUCUAGAAUGUUUGAAGUGACCUUGUCUUAUUUAUCUUACAUUAAUGCGUUAACACAGUCUUGUUGACUUAUUAAAAAAAAUACUGGACACACAGUUGGAAUUUUAAUAAUCAGGAAAUAGUGCUCAUGUGGCAACAGAAAUAGUUUGUGAAUGUUCAAUUUAAAAUGAAGUUCCUUGGCAAAAAAGCAAAGCUUUGUGGAGAACAAAACAUACUGUAUAUGCUUAUAUAUAUAUACUGUAUAUCUGUACCACAUUCUGUUUGCUGUUGCAUAUGAUACAAAGAAAAUAAAGGAAACAAUAAGGGCAUUCCAUAUAAUUAAAUAAAAACACUGAAUCAUGAAUAGGAAGAAAAUGGUCUAAUGAACCUAUGGUGAUAUAGGUUGAAAAAUCUGUUAAAAUGUGUAAGAUAAAUACUGAAAGAUCACAGUAUCUACUACAGGAUGGCCUUCUCCUGCCUGUCUUAGUUUAAUUUUUUCAAAAUGCUGGAACAAAUCUUUAUCUUGGUAGUAAAGAUUGCAGACUACAUAGUAAUGCCUGCAUUUUCUUAGCCUUUGUCCAGUCCAUAUGCUUACACUUGUGACACUGAAUAGAAUUUGCCUUCUGGGAUGCUUGGAGUGUGUCCCAUGAGUUAUUGAAUGUAAGUAAACCACUAAUUUAAGUGUGUUUUCAUCACUAUAAUGACUUCAAAUGCAGUAGCACAUAAAAAGGAGCACAUUUGGUUCAGUAAAUGUCAACAUUCUUUGUAUGACAUAUUUAGUAGAAGGAUGUAGUCUAUUAAUUUACAGUUUUGCUCCCCCCUUUCCUUCCCAUUUUAAUCCAUCAGUCUACAUGGAUUUGGGCCGUUCUUCUACUAACUUUAGCUCUCAUUAUCAUCCCAGACAUUAUUGCAUGUGCUGCUUGGUCUGUGGCUUAGACAGUCCAUGACCAACGGUUCUAAAAAUUGAAGAAAAAAAAAAAAAUAUAUAUAUAUAUACUGUAAGGUGCACUGUUGUAAGAGAUCAUAUGUGGUUUACUGCAAGAGGCCCUUAAAAUAUAUUGUUUUUCUGAAUUUUGGCUCUGUAUCUAAGAUUUAUUGAAAUACUGCUCGUCGGUAAAUUCAACUGGUCCACCUUCAGCCAGGAAUAUCCUUGUGGCCCUUUGCUGUCCUUUGGCCCAAUUGUCAAAGUUUUAUUUAUACAUACUGUAUACGCACACGCAUACACACACACACAUAUAUAUAAUACAUCAUACAUGUACUUGUACACUUAUCUAAAAUAGAACUACACAUAUAACAGAAGUCAAGUCAAAAACUCGUCACUUGCGUAAUACAUGAUGCAAGCAAUGUGAGUCAGUAAUGUAAACUCAUGUCCUCUUUAUUCAGGUGUUCUUAUUUACUGUGAACUUCAAUAUUUUGGUAUGUGCUUGAAGCAUGUUGGAUAUUGUAAAUAUAUUUUUAUUUUAUGCUAGUAAUAAUAGUUUCUUUGACAUGGAAAGUCAAAAGUAUAGAUCAGAAGCUCUUGGAAAUUCAGAAAGCUAAUUUUGCAUUGAGAGGGCCAACUUCUUUUACAUUUCCAUCUGAAGUUCCUUUUUCUGUGGAAGACUGUAAAUGACAGGUCCUCAAGGUCUGUUUAAAUAUUUGACAUAUAUAUGUUUUCUGGCUGUUAUAUUUAAUUUAUUUAAAUGAAAAAUGGAUCACUGAAUCAAUGCACCAUUUUGAUUCUAAUAAAGUGACUGAGUAAUCACUGUUGGUGCAUAUAACUGAAUUUGUUGCAGGAAUGGAGUAACAUAGUAAUAUCCAACAUGGUCCAUUGUUAGUUCAUUUAAGUGUAAUACUCUAUCACCAAACCUGUAGCAUCUGUAGUACUGCAGUCUACUGUACAGUCAGGAAUUUAAUUUAACAUGAGCCAGCAAAUACAGUGACCUGAAUGCUUGCAGUUUUGCUAGCCUAUUUAAAUUGCUUGCUGUAAACAUCAUUUUCUAAUGAAAUUUUCAGUAGCACUACUAAGAUUUAUUUAUUUUUUGGUUUUCAGUUCAGUUUCUUGCUGUGAUACCUCUGACUGGAGGCAGUGAUAGCAUCUGACUUAAGUUCUGCUCUAUCAGAAUCUUGUUGGUGUUUUAAAUUCAUAGAGGUACUUUUUUAACAUGAAUUAUUUGUCUACCAUUUAAGUAAGUCUGCAAAAGCUGGUCUUCAUAAUAUGUUUUAUCACAGCAUUUAUUUUUUUUUAAUUUAAUGGUUAAUUUUUUGGUAUCUUAUGUUGUUGAAGUAAGUUUGUCUAAGGUACGUUAAGGCUGUCAUCUAAACCACUACUUAAGCUUGCAGUCACUUCCGAGGCCACACGUCAGCUUUAGCUUGCUGUGUGAGGUGUGCGGCAAUAGCAAGGAGACCAUGAGCGUGUUUUUUUCCCCCAUAAUAUAUUUAUUGUAAUUUCAUACAGUCUGCAGAUUGGUUUAAUGUCAUUAAAUGGGCAAAAAUGUGUUAAAUUGUUAGGUCUGAUUUAUUCUUUUCCUGUUCUGCAUUGAAACAGUAACAUCCUGUAAUUUUAUUUUUUGUCUUAUAUUUUUUUCUUUAUAGCUCCUUUGUCAUUUUUUUUACAAUGAUAAAAAGGAAAACAAAUUGCACGGUCAUGCUAGGUUGGUCCGCAAACAAACAAACACACAUGUAGAAUCAUUUUUCCAUGAAUCUAAUUUUUGUCUCUUAGCCAUAACUUGCUGACUGUUGACAUUUUGGUCAGAUUGGAAAACAUUUAGAGGUUGCUCCAUUCUGAAUAUUUUAUUUGUAUUGUUGCUCUUAACCGGCUAAGUGAUUCGUAAACACCACAAAACAAUGAAACAGAGAACAUUCUAAUCCUAAAUUGGAGUUCGCAGAACAUUAUAGUAAUAAGUGGAAUUUUCUUUAACAUUCUAAUAUUAAGUAGGAGUUUAAAGAACAUUCUAGUAGUAGGUUGGAAUUUCUAUUUUAGCCCUUUUUGAUGACAAGAGUCCCAACAGAAACAAAAAGAAAGAUGGGACAAAGCCUGCUGAGGCCAGCAUUACCAGAUAUUCCUCAACGUCUUAAGCUGAAAAAAUUAAUCUUAAGAGCUAAAGUUGGAGGAUCUGGUAACAGAAAGGCCAACGUCCUUCUCUGAUGUCCUUAUGGAAAAAGGCAAAGAAAGGUCCCUGUCAUUUCUCAAGAAUGAUGAUCCAAUCUUCAACCAAUUUGUGAACUGUCAUCACAUAUGCUAAAAGAGAAGUACAUUUCAUACCGAGAAAGAGAGAGAAAAAAAACAGUUUAUUCUUCGAUUGGUUACUAACCAUUGCAAGAAUUUUCCAACUUCAUUAAAGGCAGUGCUAGCUAAUGUUGUAUACUUACAAGUGUGGAGCAGUUGUCUGCUGUUCAGAUGUCCUAAACACUUCCCAGAGGAGCAACCUCAAAAUGUUGCCUGUUUGUUAUAAAUAUGAUAAAGAAUAAACUAGCCUUGUAGAGAACUUGAAUCACUUAGUUUUUUGCUUGGACCACCCUACUGUUGUGCACAAUAGGAAACUGGGACUUUUUUUAUAGAAGCAAUCCAAGUAAAAUCAUUUGUGAUUUGAAAAACCCCAAUGACUUCAUUCACAAUUAUUCAACUAUUUUGCACACAAUUGUUAAUCCCUUUUUAUUUAGCAGCUAUGCCCCAAAUCUCUGCCAGUCUCUUUUUUUAUAUAUCGAGCGUGGUUAGCAUGUGUGUAUUUCACAAAUCGUCCUGUUGUAAAGGACCCAUAUUUGUGGGAGAGAAUAAACCAAGAACCAUACUGAGCUAAUCAGCAUAAACCAAAUUUAGCAAAUGUCUUGUUUCCCCAGACAACACAAUUUUUGAAAUUAGGUGUCUAUCAGAGCAUCACGAAAUAUGCCUGUGUAACUCUCAAAGCUGGUUAAAACUGAAACUAACCUAACCUACUGGUCACAAAGUUGUAUCUGUAGUCAGGCUGUUUUUAUUAGGCACUCCAGGAGUGUGCUGGUCACGCUGUUCAUAUGUUUUGCCUUUGCUGUGAUUAUUGUAGACACACAAUCAAAUGUGCUAUGGAAAAAAAGACACACUUAGAUGUCUGUUUCACAAAUCAUGCUUCACUAAUGACCAGCACCACUUGUGAGUUCUGCAGCUCUAAAGCGUCACUUUCCAGUGCACUGUGGCAGAGGUAAGGGAUUACUGCGUUCAGGGGUCAUCAAUGAAAUUACUAAGUGGCAUCCUGCAAUUUCAUUUCAAACUCACCCCUCAACUCCACCAGAAAGUCAGCACACUGGAGUGACGUUCUCGACUGUCUGGGGCCACUGCUGUCAGUUUUAGAAAGUGAACAUGUUGUUUUUUUCAAGUAUGUGCCAUGCUCUUUUGGAAUGUUUGUAUGACAUACCACACAUUACCUGAAUGCCCCCCUGGAUGCUCCUCUGUCCCAGGGCGUUUUCAGAUUCACUGUACUCAGGUGGCAUGAGAUGUAAAUGAAGGCCAGUCAAAUAAUACACUUUCAGUUUUCCAUUUCUCACGCAUCUCUCCCUUUGAAUUAAGGAAUACGACAUAUUUAUGGAAGGAUGCUCUGAAGGUGUCUAAACUUGCCAUCACAAAUCACAUUGUAAAGUAUAUAAAUUCAUACUUAAGUGAUAUCCAGUACAUUAAAUAUGGUUUACCUCCAGCUGUGCAAAGAGUAGCACAGUGGUGAACUGUCAUAGUAUAGUGAUUAUUUGAAUUUCAUGUGAGGUACCUGUGCUGGCUGUAAUGAUCUGACAGGUCAGGAGUGUUCUUACGGGUCUUCAGGGUGUCACCACUAUAUGACGUAUCUCACUUUCGGACCAUUCACACCUCCCUACGUAGGGCACUGCCCUUUGUUUCAGCUCUUCUGACCAGGCAGUACCUCCAGCCCCAAAGACCAGCCUGAAUCUGAAAAGAAAAAGGCUGUUCUUUCUGAUUGGUUGGAAAUCUGUACAAAAGUAGCCACCAAUCACAUGCAAUUAUGAACAGGCCAGUGUCACAGAGUUGGAGUAAAGCGGAGCCGAGUGCCCAGAUUGUCGAAGCAUCACUCGGUAACAAAAGUUCAGAGCAUACACAUUUACUGAAUCAAGUAAUUUCUAACUUACAGAAUUUUUAUGUUGACCAUAACUGAGAUAAUAUGUGAUGCAGAGAAUUCCAAAUGUUGUAUACCAUUUUUAUCUACUGAGCUUUGAUAUGUAAAAUGUUAUCCUUUUUUAAAUCUCAUUAUUUUGAUGAUAUUACAGAUGUUGUUAGUGUGAUGCAACAUUUAGUUGAAUGGACCUCCAUGAAUUGUUUUUAAUUGUAAUUGAUUUUAAACAUGUCAAAAAAAAUCAGUAUAUUAAUUAUAUUUUAAAAUGUGUCUGAUUUACUCCUGUAUGGCAUUUAUGUAUUUCUAAACUGUAUAGAUAUAUGAAAUUAUAUCCUGCUUAACAGAACAUGGCAGUUUAUGAAAAAUAGGACUUGGCUGACAUUUAAAAAAAUGCUAAUCUGUACGCUGUUAAUUAACAAGCCGUGCAUUUUCUGGGUUAUCCUUUUGCCACGCUUACUGUGAUGACGAUGAACUUGUGUCAGCAGAAGUAUUGACAUCAAUGUUGGGUGUAAAAUUCACUCUGAAUUUCUGACUAACAAAUAAAUAUGUCUUAACAAUU